ACUAUACUUAAACGCGUCAGAAUGAAUUUUUUAUUAAUUAAUUUACUAACAUUGCUAUUGUUUCGAUCGUCUUCAAUAUCAUGUAAUGGAUCGAGAAAUUUAAAUAUUCUUUCUGCAUUAACAUUAGGUCCAUAUAAAUUGAACUUCAAACAGGUAAGGAGUUGUGAUCCUUCAAAAUCCUAUAAAAUACAACACAAUUUUUACCUGAGCUAUAACCAAAUAUCCAACGCAACUGAAAUCAGAGGAACCACAAUCAAUAUCGUUCCAUUUGAUGACACUUUGUUUUUGGAAGCAAAUGUUGCAUCCCGAGAUGUAGACGGGAAUUGGAAAGACAAUACGUAUAUGCACAAGUCUCCAAAAGCUUGCUCGUCAUUCAGAAAUUUAAUGGGAGCUGAGUGGACCACGAUGAUGGACGGGUUUGGAAUAAAGAAUGCCACAUGCCCUAUACCACCGGGCACUUAUACGGGCACAGGCGUGGAUACUUCGUUAUUUUUAAACACCAAUUUUCCUAAAACAUUUGUUUAUGGGACGUACAGACUUCGAUUUUAUUAUACUCGUAAUAAUGAAGUUUAUACCUGCUUAAUUUAUGUAUUUGAAAUUAAGCCCCUUUAACAUAGAUUUUAUAAUAGUUUAUACAAUAGUAUUAUACAUGACCUAUGUUAUGUAAUGUUGUAUCAUGCAUAAUAUAUAAAAAAUAUUAAAAUAAAAACUAUUAACUAAGUCUUGAAAAGAAUCAUAUAUUAUGUAACAGGUGAAAUUCCAAAACAAACCAUACAAUAUUUAAUAAGCCAAGUAACAUCGUAGAAACAUAUUAUUGCAAUCCACCAAAUUAGGUUAAGAUAACAAUUUUGUAAUCAAAUAACAUUUAGUAUAAUUUUUAGCAUAGUCAAUAAGUACAAUGUAUAACUAGGCUAAACUUAAUACCGAUAUUACCGAUAGUGCUUCGAUACUAAAAUUAAUAUAUAAAAAAUAUGUGAAGACAGAAAAAUGGUCAAUUCUGGUGAUCGUGUCUGAACGCUAGUGUUUAA